AUGCUGGCGGCGAUGCCAUCGCGCCUGGCCGCUCUCGACUACUUGAACACAGCAAUUGAACGGUUGCGCGGACAUUGCGCAGAUGAGAAUCGUCUGACUCGCGGAUUGGGAGGAACACUGCGAGUGCUGCAGGAACCUAGACUUCUGGGCCGGUAUCGACACGAGUCGGGCACGAUGAGUCGGCCAGGGCCUCCUUGCCAUCGAGUCGGAGUUGCUCGUGACGGCCUCGCUGGGCCUGGAGCCGCAGCGCUGGACGCACCACAGAACCCAUGCGUGCAAUCACGCGCGUGUGUUCCGUUGGGCCUAGGCUCGAGGAGGGCCUGCCGCACCCACGACACGGCGUCCUGGUCGCGCCGAAAUGGGCCUUGGGGACGAGUAUCAGGGGGUCGCUACGGUAAGACGACGAGGUCGAUCAAGGACUGUGUGAGUCAAGCAGCCCUGGAUGAGACGAGGCCUGGUUGUCUUUCAUCUUCCAGCUACCACUUUACGGGAUGCUUCACCUCUCAGCCGGUUGUCUGCAAUGCCUCAAAUUGUGCCUUCAGCAGCUGUUGCAACCCCACACGGGACGGCCGCGUCCUCAGCAGGUCAAGCGGACCAUCACGCGUCUCGGUGGCCUGUUCAACCCUGUUCGGGAACCAAAGGUCCGAGUCCCCGCCCGACUCCACUCCGCUGUCAGGUGCCGGCUGGGUCGCGAUCCACUGUCAGCUGUCGUCAUCGGGAGCCAAGGUGAGCUCGGUGACUGCGAAAGAGACGGUAGAGAAGAUGAGCCUCAAUAAGGGGCAGCAUGGUCUCAAUUGGGAUCUUGAUCGCACGAGGUCCCGAGGUGAGUUGGUUGCACCCAAGGCAAGGCGUGCCUGGAUGUCACCAGGGAGAGCUCCCCCGACCCCUCAUGCAAGGUCGGUCUCCGAGUGCGGCGGGGGCGUUGGAGGCAUGGAUGGUCGUCUGAUGCUGCUCCAGGUGCGGGCUGCCGCUGAGACUCCGGCAGGGCGAGGCCAAUUGAUGGGUGCCACAGCACUCCGCUGGCAUUGCAAGGCCCAGCCUGGGCUCCCGUGA